AACCUCGCUUCGAAUUUGUAAAAUCAUCUCAGCAAAUACUUAUAGACGGCCCAGUUUAUUUCCGGUUAACAUUCAUCCAUUAUUCUACAGAGCUUCAAGUAGUACUAUCAAACUAGCUCCCUGUCAUCUUGUAUAAUUGACGCCCUUUAUGCUCUUCUGUGUCACCAGUUAGCGAGCGUCUCCGUCACGAAACCACAUCGCCGGGACGAACCAUGCUUUUACGGUGUCGAGUUGGCUCAACGAAAUCCCGCCAUUCAACGCAACAACACCGUAAAACGCACAGCGUGCCCCCAGUAACGUCAGCACAACUAGCCAGACCUGCAGCACACUAUGCGUACCGGGUUCGGCAAAUCCAGACGGCGGAGACGGGGGUGAAGGAAGCAGCAGCCGAAGUGAGCAGACGGUCUUUGGUCUUCUUUCAGCAAAAGCUUCGUUCCGUGACCGGACUUCGUCUGCCGGUCUUCAUUUUUCGCUCGGCGAGGGUCUGAACAGCUGCAUCGUAGCCCUCGUUCGUUGAAGACCAGGCAGCGCCGUAACGGCUGCAGCAGCAGUGGCGAUAGCAAUAGCAGGCGUAAUCCCGUCGAAGUGGUAACAGCAGCAGCAGCGACGACGACGACGACCACGAUUGCAGGCGCUGCGCUGGCCCCCAAAAACAGAGAAGCAGGCUGACGGGCCUUCAGUGAAUCACACCAGCGCCGUUUGGUUCCGGAUCGUAGUCGACACCGUUGUUGAACGUUGCUAUUACUUGUAACUACUAAUUGGCAUUACGUUAGCCUAUAGUCGUCGUUGCGUUGACCUGCUACCGCACUUGUUGAAUCUGUUACUUGGUCAGACUGCUAUUGUAUGUGGAGCAGCUGGUGGCCGCUGCUGAUCUAGAUCAUAAUGUAGCCGAUGUUGGUGAUGGUAGAACGAACUUGCAUGGCAUUAUUCCUGGCAUUUCGAUCAGCGGCGAAUUAACGUCUGCGUUCGACGACCGCUGUAUUACGUCCAACGGCAUUCGUUGCUAUUGUUAUUACUAUAGCGCAAAGAACUGCAUCUGCUGGCAGUGCAGCACAAUCUAAUAGAAAAACUUUUUUAUAGGCGCGGUUGUGCGCUUAUUACAAGGUGUACAUAACAUCGGUUCACGUUAGUCGAUGCGUGAGUAGAUUAUGUAGUCCUAAAGCGUUCGUCGUUGUGUACCGCCCUUGUGAAUGUGUGUGUAUGCGUGAAAUGAUUAUGAUAGUCAAUCCUUAUCGUUGUCGAGCGUAUCUAAAAAGCAAAGGAGUACCUCUGGACCCGUUUAGUGAGGCCGCAACUUGCGACUACCAUCAAUAUAUGUGCUCAAUGAGGUCGCUUAAGUCUCGCGAAUUUCGUUAACUCUUAACGAAAAACACGGCUUAAAAAAGCGCUCCUGAUCUGUAGUGUAAAGUGGCGAUUGAUGCUCUAAAUAAGGAGCGACCGUCGCUGAUCCCAUAAGCAGUGGACUAGCAAAAACUCUGUAGUUUUUUCAUCUUUCCCGCUGUAUUUGAGCGUUGUAUACGCCUGUACCUCGGACCGAUUGCGCAGCCGGUGUAUUAAGUGGCUGUCAGUGUAUGUCUGUUUGUGUCCUUAAGUGUUUGUACCUUCACGAAUAUCUCUGUGUGUUUAUCUAGGGGGUGAGGGGUGAACUUUGCGUGGCGUGAAUGCAGGCUGCUGCGAAGUGUCGUACGCCGUUGUCAUCGUUGUGUUGGGCCUUCCGCCAGCCUCGCCGUGCAGAAGUGGUGUCGUACCACCAUGGCCGACGAGCUGGCCCUGAAGCUCGUCGUGGUCGGAAAUGGGGCUGUCGGAAAGAGCUCCCUCAUCCAGAGGUUCUGCCGAGGGGUGUUCUCGCAGAGCUACAAACAAACCAUUGGUGUGGAUUUUUUAGAGCGAGUUCUCGAGAUCGGGAGCGGACGUUCGAUUCGUCUAAUGGUUUGGGAUACAGCCGGUCAGGAGGAAUUUGACGCACUGACGAGAGCCUAUUACCGGGGCGCGCAUGGUGCCAUCCUUGCAUUCAGUUCUAGCGAUCUCGACUCGUUCGAAGCGGUCGAUUCUUGGCGGAGCAAGGUGGAGGCCGAGUGUGGAUCUCUACCAAUGGUUUUGGUGCAAAAUAAAAUGGAUCUGGCAGAUCAGGCGACGGUCACCCCAGAGAUGGCCGAAUGUGCAGCAAGAAGACAUCGUCUUAGGCUUUAUAGGACAUCUGCUAAACAAGAUUUUAACGUUGACGAAGCUUUCAGGUAUCUAGCAGAGAAGUGUAUGGAAGCGCUCACGCGCGAAUUCAACGACAAUCUUCAUAAACAAGCAUCGCUCUCUCAGAGCAACAACAACAACAACAACAACAACAACAAUAACACUACGUUCAGCCUUAAACUCGACAGGAAACCACGUACUUUACGCUCGAGGUGUAUACGAUUUCUACCCACGUAGCGAGAGAAUGGGACGGACGGCCUCAGAUUCCUUCAAACACAGCUCGAAAGAAUAACCGGAUGUGUGAAGAAGGAGAUAGGUUUUAAGAGGAAAUACUAUAUGAGGACGUACGGGUUUAGCUAUAAUUCGACCGAUUAUACGUAUUGAACAAGAUGAUCACUGUUGCAGGUUGACUACAUAGUUAACGCUUGGGGCCUUAGAAAUAACAAAAAAAAAGAAUGUGUUAAUUUCUAUGUGAAUAAACAUUAUAAGACUAUUAUUAAUCAUACUUUGGCGUAGAUGUCUUUCGGUCUCCUGAAAAGUAUCAAUACAUAGGCAGUAAAGAGGAAUGGACGACUGUGAAGUGGUAUAACUUUGUCUCAUUGGCGAAAUAGGAUGAGAGACAAAAAAUCCAGCUAAGAUUGCUUUAAAACAGUUUUUCUUGCGACAAGAUGAUUUAAUUGGAUAGAUUUGACAGACUUAAAAGGUUGUGACCUUUUGAUUAUAUACAUGUAUGAAGUUAUACACCGUAAAUCAAACGAAAAAUGGUGAAAUCUGAAAUGAAACUGAAAAUGGUAAAUAUGAUCCAGCUAUUUGAUGUGGCUUUGCUAAACAAUGAACUAUUCAGUCAAAGACACAAUAUUUUGAAAUCAAAGAACUCAAUGUUAUUAGGUUUCGGGUGCGUGGCACUUCAGCGGAAUCCCAACAGCGGCUUAAAUUGUACCCCAUUGACCUAGACUGAAACAACCGUGCUGACACAGCUGGGCGACUUUGUGUCGGGAUUCUUAAAACUUCACGCAGAUUCAUUUGUUGCAUAAACAUUUAUAUUCUAAACAAAAACAGUGUCAACAUUCGAAGGUAUGGCCUACCGCUUCCAUCCGUUGUAUCAAUAUUAGAUAAACACAAACAAAGUAAAUUGAUAGAGAACGUCCUUAUCUGGGCGCCGGCGUGUAGCUUAUGAAUAGGACUAUCUGACUGUAGUCAGUGUACAAUUAUGUAAAGCAAUUUACUAUAGGCCCUGAUAACAUGUGAUUUAUUUAGAAUGCGUAAAAGAGAGUAUCAUUUGUCUAUAUUAAAUACUGCCCAGCAGUUCAACACGACUGGGUGGGGUUGUUGUUGCUCUAGCCGAAUGUCGAUUACUACCAUAUAUAAAACAUAUAAAUGAAAUAGCGCGGAUAAAAAUAGAACUUGAUAAUAAUAAAAAUGUGGUAUUUAAACAGA